CUAAUGGGUCUGAUAUUGUUGAAGCAGCAAAAAAUUUGGCUAGAACUUAUUUGGCAAAUAUUAAACUAAGUAGAAAUAUAAAAGUACGUUCUUUGCCACAUCUUGGAUCAUAUUUUUGGUUUUUUCCUACAAAAAUUGCUAAGCUAUACAAUGAAGAAAUUGUUCGCCCAGAACCAAUAGUGUCUUCACAUACUGAACCAUCUAGAAGAUGGACUAUGCUAAUAACAACCAAAUUACCAGAUGUGUAA